AUGUCUAAAGUAACUACUUCACUAUCAUUGUCUUUUCUAAUAGGUUUGACAGCAGUCUCUUUAGUUACAGGAUAUUUUAUUGGUCAAGCUACUUCCUCUCCAAGUAACCCAUUCAUUACAACAUCGUCUAAUAAAAAUGCAUUGACUAAAAAAGUUACAAAUGGUUCAGAAGAUGAAACUGAAUUCGAGGAAGAAGAAGAAGAAGAGGAAUUUGAAGUAGAUUCAAAUUCCUUAAAUGAAAUCCCAGGUGAAGUUAGAAUGGCCUUAAUCAUUCGUCAAGAUUUAGAAAUGACAAAGGGUAAAAUUGCUGCUCAAUGUUGCCAUGCCGCUUUAUCUUGUUUCAGACUAAUUGGUACCGACCCCUCAAGAGAAUCAUAUAAUUUAAAUAUGUUAAAUAGAUGGUUAAGAGGCGGUCAAGCGAAAAUCACUUUGAAAUGUCCAAACAAGGAAGUUUUAGAUGAACUAUAUGCCAAGGCCAUUUCUUUGGGAAUAAAUGCUACUGUCAUUCAUGAUGCUGGUAGAACUCAAAUUGCUGCAGGAAGUGCGACUGUAUUAGGUUUGGGGCCUGCACCAAAGGCAAUUUUAGACCAAGUAACAGGUGAAUUGAAAUUAUAUUAA